UACUCUAUCACCAACCCCUCUCAGCUACAAAACCUAAGCUCCGCCUUACAAAAAUUUCUAGAAUUUUCGACGGAAACGAAAAAAAAAGAAGGCUAGAGCCUAGAGUCGCCACUGAGAAGCUGUCCUUGAACUUUCUCUCUCUGACUCUACGCGUGUUCGGGUUUCGAUGGCAGACGUUACAGAGCCACCUUUUAGACCACGUGAGAAGCUCCUUGAGAAGCAGAAGUAUUUCCAAAGUAUCCAGAAACACACGUAUCUGAAAGCACCGCUUGAUAAGGUCACAGCUGUUGCCAUUCCCAUUGCUUUGGCAGCUUCCUCCUUGUAUCUUAUUGGACGAGGAAUUUACAACAUGUCUCAUGGGAUUGGGAAGAAAGAAUGAGGUGGACAAUUUCUGUUGAUGAGGGACAUUUGAGAAUUCAUUUAAUUGCUUUUUUUAAGUUUCCGGAGAAAAAAUGAAUCACUCCGGAUUGAGGACCGCUGUUGUUUUUUAAAUAGUUGGUUCUUCUGCUUUAAUAAUUGCUUAAUAGCAGAAUCCUUACAACCAAGUUGAAUCUCCACCUUUUUUCUUUUAUGUUAAUGGUCUUUGUUCUCUGGUACUUAUUAUUGAUAGACCUUUUGUGUGGUUUGAUCCAUAAUAAUACAUUGCUUGCUUAGUCAUCCUGGCAAAGCAUUCUCGA